AUGGGCAAAUCCGAUAUCCAGUCAUGGCUAGCCUCUACUUCAGAUGCUCCUGGCGAUAGCGACCCCAACGGAGAUGCGAACAACGGAAUGCAGUGGAGGAGAGACUACGUCGUCACGGACUGGGCAAAAGCUUUGGAGGUCGCACGGAGUCGUCUGCUGACAAGCAGCACGAAAGCCCGUACCCAAUUUUUAAGGGAAGAGCUCUUGAUGAUGGCCAAGCACGGAGAUCUCAGCCUGUCGCAAAUACUCGACAUAUUCAAACUAUUGACAUUGACAUACUCUCGAGAGGCAGUCGAGACGGUCGGGUCAGAGCUCGUGCGGAGGGAUGAGAUGCGGGGCAAGCCAGAGGGAGAGCCUGAGGAGAGUCCAUUGGGCGUGACAGAGCAGAUAGUUGGCUGGCUCGCCCAUGAAGUCGGGCAUAUCUCGAAACUGUCAAGCGAUCCCGCCUUCACGUCUAAGCCGGCAUGGGAGCCUCUCGUCGGCGUAAUGGCCACCCUCAUAGACAUGAUUCUCGACAAGGCGACUCGCAGCAAGUCGUCGCUUCAGAAGGGUGCUCUGACUCGUCAUCCCAGAACGAUUGCUAAAGUCAUGCAGACAUUGAUGUCAAAGCCAAAAACGAGUCCGAGCCCACUCUCAACAGUACCGCUCCUCGGCAUCUGCGUGGAUGUCAAGAUUCGUCUAAAGAACGUCAAGGACGACAGUUUAAAGACGGUCGAUUCUGCAUUGAAAGCGGACGUAUUAAAUUUCUACGGGAGCACUGUCUUGAUGUCCAAGACACAAGUAGCUCCACACACAACAUCUGCAUUGCACGACUUCAUUCAAACGUUUGUGACCGUGGAAGACUUCGGCACCGCAAUCCUGCCAACGAUGGACAAGGCCCUUCUACGCUCACCUGAGAUAUCACUAGCCGUCGUCACCGACUUCGUCAAGGCAUACCCGCACGCGAUCGAAGGUGACUCGUUCCGUAGAUUGCUAACACCCGUCCUGAACAGCGCAAGGUCGAGCAACGCUACUGUCCGGUUGAACGCCACGCUGCUUUUUAAGGCUAUCAUCGAGGAAACACAACAAGCUUCCGACAUCGACUUGGCUGUGAAUGAGCUGUUAGCUCUCCCGAAAGCCAGUAAGACCGCGGGACCUGAUCAUCGCGUCGCUCUUUAUACCAUGCUUGGUUACGUGAAGCCGUCGCCCUCCGCUGCGAUCCUCGAAAGUGGGCUGCCGUUGCUGGCGAAGGAGACUCACGAUGCGGCGGUAUCUGCUCUCUCAUCCUCUCUGGCACCACAUCUAGGUCACUGUCUGCGCGAGGAUGUCGCCAUUCCUGCUGGCGCGACAUCAGUGCUCGUGAGAGAGGCGAACAGCUCGAAACCUGCCAUUCGGCGGGCCUUCUGUAUCUUGGUCGCGAGGUACACUGCUACUGCAGUGCUGCUUGGGCCGUUUGCUGCAUCUGGCAAGUUCGACGAUUUCAUCUCCCGUAACUCGACGCUCCAGUCCAUGCUGACAGCGGGCGCGAAGCCCUCCUUCCUGUUGUGGGAGAAGGUUUACCAGAAGUUGAGCAGUGCCGAUGAUGAGAGGUGGCUCCUGCGAGCGUCCGAGGCGACCCUCGCCCAUUUCAGCAAGGAGCUGCUGCGGAACGAGCAAGCUUGUGGUAUGAUUGGCAUGAUAUUCUUGCACUUGGCCAGCAAUAGCCAGCAUUCGCAAGUGCGCCGCAUGACCCUCGCCUCCUUGGAAGCUAGUGCGGCAAAGCUGCCUGAAGCCGUCAACUGCAUUGCCACAUCUGCACUCUCCACAUACCUUCUCAAGGGCAGAAGUUCAUCGCUACGAGACAGUGUGGAAGAGAAUGACGUACAUAGCCGUCUGGGCGACCGUCUGGCUGCAUUCUGUCUGGCUUCCGUCACAUCGAGUGAAGCUUGCGACGAGCAAGUACGGAAGUCAGCCCUUGUGAGCCGUAGGCACGUCGAUCGUCUUCUCAGUUGGGUUGAGGCUAAUCUUCAGCCAGGUGGUACUUCUCGGCUCCUCUGGAUUGAACUAUGCCAGAAGUCUCGGGUUGACCCUCACGAGCUGAUUACCGAACGAUUGAAUGAGAUACUUCGUGAAACCCUCAACGUCGCAGACGCACAGUUGAAGUUAGAUGAAGAGUAUGCAAGCGCAAGCUACCACGCAAUUACUACUGCUGCCUUCGUCGCGCCUGACGCCGUCCUUUCCCGCGUUGUCGAGCAACUGAAGGGUGACUUCGACGUCAACGAGCUCAAUUCCUUGAGCGAGACUGACCUAGCGAUCUGGGCCACCCCCGAGGGUCAGACGUAUGUCGAUGUGCUAUCGUCGAAGAAGAUCGAAGAGCCUGUGAAGAAAGGCAAAGGGUACAAGGAUGCCCAGUGGGAAGCCGAAGUCCGAAAAUCUCUUGCGAACAAGAAAGGAUCCACGUCCACGACUUUGUCUAAGCAGGAUCAGGCCCUGGUUGAAGCGCAGCUAGAAAAGGAGAAGCAAAUCCGGAAAAGGGUGUCCAGCAUCAAAGCCAGGCUUGAACGCGGCCUGAAGCUGGGAUUGGCACAAGCAUGCUCAGACCGGCUCGAGAUAUAUCGCAGCCAAAUUGGCGUUGCCACGCUACGUAGUCUUGGUGUCGAAGGCGUACCCGAAGACUUCCAGCUUGAGCCGCUCAACUCCCUUGUCAUCCGUGUUCUGUACAGACUGCGAACUCUGUCUGAGCAGAGUCCGUUCGACGCAGCCACAUUUUCGUACGCGUCGCCGUUACUGAGUGCUGUUUGUACGACGGGAGGUGUUGCUCUAGCAGAAGGCGACGAUCCUCUGGAGCAGGUCGCGCUUGCAGUGGACAUCAUUAGAUUCCACGCUGGUGAAUCCUUGAUCGACAUUGGCCAAUCCAUGCACUCGACUGCGACGCUCGACGAGAUCCAGACACUACUGCGCGGUACGCUCCAACAGGAAGUCUACGUCCGCAAUGCAUGUUUGCAAACUCUCCAGCCGUUCGAUCUUACGGAUCUCGACUGGUCUCCUGAGAUAUGGAUCGCAUGUCACGAUGAUGACGAACAGAACGCUCGUUUAGCUCGUCAUGUAUGGGAAGACAACGGUAUGGACGUUCCGGAGAAGUUUGUUCAAGUCAUGUUAACGUUCCUUGAGCAUGAGCAUGCGUAUGUCCGGGCGAGCGCCGCCGCUGCGCUAUCUGAAGCAGUCACCGAACAAUGGCCCCAGAUGAUAAGCGAGGUUCUGAACGCUCUGCAGGAGUACUAUCGCGAAACGGCCAAGGUUCUAGCACCCGAAUUCGACGAAUAUGGAAUGGUCAUUGCUCAGAGCCUCGAUCGCUCUGAUCCAUGGCCUACGCGCAUCGCAAUCGCGCGUGCGUUUGAGUUCCUUGCGCCUGCUUUCGGCGAUGGUGAUGUGGACCCGUUCUUCAAGUUCCUUAUACAAAACGAAGCCCUUGGUGAUCGUCAUGCUGAUGUUCGCAGGUGCAUGUUGAAUGCCGGAACGGCGGUCAUCGACUUGCACGGCCAGACGCAUCUUCCGGGACUCAUUGCAAUGUUUGAGGCUCAACUCUCCGGCAACACCCCCGCUACGGAGGCUGCAGACCAGAUCAAGGAAGCCACAGUCAUCCUCUUCGGUCGUGUUGCUCGGCAUCUGGAUCCUUCAGACAAGCGCAUGCCUCAGAUUGUCGAAAGACUUAUUGAGGCGCUCAAGACACCCGCUGAACAAGUACAAAUCGCCGUGUCUGACUGUCUGGCGCCUUUGGUGAAAGUCAUGCAAUCACCGGUACCAGAUCUCGUAGACCGUCUACUGCACGACCUGUUCAAUGCGCCGAAAUAUGCAGCUCGAAGAGGUGCUGCCUAUGGUCUUGCCGGUGUUGUCAAAGGAGCAGGUAUCACUGCCAUGAAGGAGUUCAACAUUCUCGAUCGUCUCAAGAGUGCUGCUGAAGACAAGAAGCAAUAUGAGGCUAGACAAGGCCCAUGUUUGCGUUGGAGACGCUCUCUACCACACUGGGCCGGCUUUUCGAACCUGGCGCACGAAGAAGGGUCUAUUGAGCUGCUCGGUAUGAUAGCGUACUGUGCUCCAAGACAACUCUCCCAGUCCUUGCCGAUCGUCAUCCCUCGCUUAACGGAUGUCCUCACGGACUCACAUACGCAAGUGCGCACAGCAGCGAACAAGAGUUUGAAACAGUUCGGCGAAGUCAUCAGUAAUCCAGAGAUUCAGUCUCUCGUUCCCGUCUUCCUCAAAGCAAUGGUCGAUCCUUCAAGGACCCCCAAUGCUCUUUCUUCAUUGCUCAAGACGUCGUUCCUCCAUUACAUCGAUCAUUCAUCCCUGGCAUUGGUGGUUCCGAUCAUCGACAGAGGACUGCGCGAACGCAGCGCGGACACGAAGAGGAAAGCAGCACAGAUUGUCGGCAAUCUAGCUUCACUUACCGACUCGAAGGACUUCGUCCCGUACUUGGGCCAACUGCUUCCUAUGGUCCAUGUUGUGCUUGUUGACCCAGUCCCAGAGGCCAGGGCCACAGCGGCCAAGGCACUCGGAACUCUGGUCGAGCGACUUGGUGAGGUACACUUCCCUGAUCUAGUACCUGGAUUGCUGCGGACCCUCAAGACCGACACAUCGGGAGUGGACAGACAAGGAGCUGCCCAAGGCCUGAGCGAGGUUCUCGCUGGACUUGGUAUGGAAAGGAUGGAAGGCUUACUUCCGGACAUCAUCGCAAAUGCGCAAUCACCACGGAGCACCGUGCGGGAAGGCUUCAUGUCCCUCCUUGUCUUCCUUCCAGCGACGUUUGGUACUCGCUUCCAGCCUCAUCUUCCGAAGAUCAUCCCCCCUAUUUUGAGUGGUCUGUCAGAUUCGGAGGACUACGUCCGCGAUGCGGCCAUGCGUGCAGGUCGGAUGAUGGUCACAAACUACUCCAGCAAAGCCAUCGACCUACUGCUGCCGGAGCUCGAACGAGGAUGUUUGACUCUGGAUGGCGUAUCCGGUGGUAAGGCUGAGAUUGAAGAGGACGAAGAAGCGACCGAUACUGCCAUGGUCGAGUCUUCACGCCGCGCUCUAGUAGACGUCCUCGGUGCUGAGCGUAGAGACCGGAUCUUAUCUGCUCUCUAUCUCGCUCGUCAGGACGCAGUGAACGUCGUUCGUCAAUCAUCGAUCCAUAUCUGGAAAGCUUUGGUGCACAAUACCCCGAGGACAGUACGGGAAAUACUUCCCGAACUCAUCAACCAGGUCAUAUCGCUACUUGCGGGACCCGAGAUGGACCAGCAAGAGACGGCGGCACGGACAGUCGCGGAACUAUGCCGCAAAUCUGGCGAAAAGAUUCUGGGCGAGAUCGUGUCUAUCUUGAAGUCGAAAUCUACGUCUACUGAUCCCAAGACACGGGAAGGAGUCUGCCUGACUCUUUGCGAGCUUAUGGAGAGUACGAACGACACCCAGCGAGAAGACCACGAGGACGAUAUCAUCUCGAUGGUCCGUGCAGCCUUGGUUGACGACGAAGCGAACGUUCGUGCAGCUGCCGCGAAGGCCUUCGACACCCUACAGGAGCACAUCGGAGCAAAGGCUAUUGAUCAGACAAUCCCGACCUUAUUGGAAGCCUUGCGUCAACCUGGGCAGAGCUCAGGGACGGCCCUUCAAGCUCUCAGGGAGGUCAUGGCAGUUCGCGCCUCUACUGUCUUCCCUGUUCUGAUCCCGACAUUGACGGCUAUCCCGAUGACGGUGUUCAAUGCUCGAGCAUUAGCGGCCCUCGUGACUGUCGCUGGCACGGCUUUGAGCAAGCGGUUGACUGUCAUUCUCAAUGCGCUCGCCAAGAUGAGGGAGAAUCCAGAAGUCAGCGAACAAGAGGAAUUGACGGACGCCAUUAGCGAAGCCACGCGUGCCCUUCUCGCGUCUAUCUGCGACGCUGAGGGCUUGAAUACUUUGAUGCUCCUGCUCUUAGGAUGGGCCAAGCACGAAUCGGUUCAGCGUCGCAUCACUGCUUGUGAAUUGUUCGCUCUCUUUUGCGAGGAGUCCGAGCUAGAUUCGUCACUCUAUCGUGUCGAUUGGAUCCGCCAGUUGGUAUCCCUACUUGAUGACAACGUGGUCGCAGUGCAUACAGCAGCAUUGCGCUCAUUCGACAUCUUCGUCAAGUCUGUUCCGAAGGAUGAACUAGAGCCCCUCGUCGUCCCUCUGCGGCGUACGAUCGAGGGCACAGGCGCUCCUGGCAGACACGUACCUGGAUUCAGCCUGCCGAAGGGCGUUGCGCCGACUGUCCCUAUCAUCAUCGCCGGCCUCACGACUGGCAGCAACGAACAACGAGAACAGGCAGCAUAUGCUAUGGCGACGACGUAUCCGCCUGGUGUCAAGAUCGCCAUCCUCACCGCACUCAGCACCAUGCUCGAGCGCAUCCCAACAUUCGUCAAGCCGUUCUUCCCCCAGCUGCAACGCACGUUCGUCAAGAGUGCGAGCGAUCCUGCAAGCCUCGCUGUCCGCAACAAGGCUGCUGAAGCCUUGGGCAUGCUCAUGCGCAGUCAGCCCCGUGUCGAUCCGGUCAUCACGGAGUUGGUCACUGGUGCGAAGAGCAGCGACGACGCGAUCGCAGGGAGCCUGGUUCUCGCUCUCGCGCGAGUGGUCAAGAACGCAGGGUCAAAUAUAGGAGAAAAAGCUAGAGAAACGCCAAUCAUCGAGGCGAACAUGGUUGCCGGGACACCGCCGUCUGCGCUGUCCUCCGUGUGCAUAUUGGCCGUCGUAGCCCCCGACGAAGACGAUCAACCAGACAAGGACCAACCGAAUGUCUUCCAGACACUUGGCCUCAUGCACAGCGUCGCCCAAAAGUGUUCUGGGAUCCGGCGGACGCUCUACCUACACGACAUUUACGCACGCACGACUGUAACCGCAAUCGUUCAGCAUGAAUCGAAAAAGUCUUCCUCAACCCCUUUCCAGAGCUUCCGUUCUACAGCUCAGCCUGAAGCUUGCAAGAUCACCGAGUCCGACUGUCCUUCUGGGACGUUCGCCGACCAAUUGCGCGCACCGCCGGUCAUAGUCACGCUCAUGCCGGCGGCGUGUACUAUGAACUCAAUCUCAAGCUGCUAAGGCGCGCAUAUAUGCGUACA